GUGAAAGUGAAAUGAGGCACUUGGGGGGGUAAGGGAUAGUAUUUCAUGAGGAGCGCAAAGUAGGAUUCACUCAUCACAGACCAUCAUAACAACCAGAAGCAGACUUGUAGGCCUACAGGCUUGAACGAUGGAUAGAGAAGUAGUCCGAGAGGGACUUGCUGCAGUCCUUGGAGUCCCAAUCACUCAUCAAUGCAGAUGCAGGUGUUCUAACUGUGUUCUAACUGUGGAGAAUUUUCUGUCUGCGGCUUGGUUUGAUGAUGAUGAGUUGCUGAAAUCCAUCUCAGACCUGCUGAAUUUAUUCAAGAUAUUUAUCACUGAUUCUCCAGCAACUCCAAAGUGUUUACAUACCCAUUUAACAGACCUGUAUAUCGACGAAAAGGAAUUCUUUGACCCUAAAUAUGAUUAUGACUUCACUAACACAACUGAUUCAUCAGCAUGUAAGCGGGGUGACGAGCCAUACAAGCGUCCCUGUGGGUGGAACCGGAUCGCCCUGAAGGUUAAAGGUAAAUACGAAGAUGACGUCUGGCUGGGCCCAGAUGGCUGGAGAAGCAGUUCGGCACCAGGAGAGUGGCCCGUUUGUUUUCACGGUACCACCAUCGACGGUGCCAAGGGCAUCAUCCAGUCAGGGUACAAGGCAGGACCUCGUGAAGCAUAUGGGAGAGGAAUCUACUCAACCCCUGACAUCGAUGUAGCUGUAAGAGAUGGAUAUGCCAAGACCUUCACAUCAAAGAAGACUGGAAAGACCUACAAGAUUGUGUUGCAGAACAGGAUCAAUCCCGAACACAGGAAAAUCUGUGUUAAGGAGAACUACUGGUUGGUUCCUAUCCCGGGGGGAACAUCUGCUGAGAGAGAGAGGGAGAAUGUGAGAACUGCUAUUCGUCCCUAUGGUCUCUUGCUCAAAGAAAUUGAGUAAGAAAUUGUGCUCCCCCUUACCUCACUAAAAUAUUUUCUGGAGUUAGAUCAAUGUAUCUAUGCUUUAGUUAUUGAUUUCAACUCCUGUACCUCUGCUGUAAUUCUAUGGGGUAUUGUGUAAUAUUUUCCAUUGGUAAAAUUUGAGUUUUAUGUGACAGUGAUAUUGUUUUAAACUGUGACUUGCAUGUAAGAUACUUGAUCAAAACAUGUGCAUUAAAUUGGACACAUGAUGGAUUAA